GUGCCAUGCCUGAUCGGGGAUUGGUGGUUCCCAUUCCUUUGGAGGCACGUGAUUGGUCCAUGGAAGGGAAAGGUUAUUAUUUAUCCUGGGAUCUGAACGAUCUGACCGAUCCGAGUGAGUGAGUGCCCUCCCAGUUCCAAGUGGCCGCCGACCCGUUCCUCGGCUCCAAGGGAGUGAGCCUCUCAGUCUCGAUUGAGUCGACCACCGUGGUGCCGUUUGUCGUCUCAUCUGAGGUGCCCGCCGUUCCAGCUCUAGCCCAGGGUGGCACGCCCAGGGAACACGGCCAUCCACGGACCAUGGACCACCCGGGGUUGAGUAAAUAACCAUCGGCUGAGCGUGGACGCUCCGGACGCGGUCCCGUGGAUAUCUGGAUCGCCCUUCAGCCUCUCAAGAUGGCGAAUUCUCGGAUGUCUCGGACCCUUCCGUCGUCCCUCAAAAGGACGCCCUUGGGCGUGGGGGGCGGUGAUAAACGCGCGGCUUCCAAAGGCGAAGGUGGGAGCAACUUCCUGGGCGGGCUCCAACUCAAUCUAGGCCUGUCCCAUCUCAUUUCCGGUGGGAUGAAUCUCUUGGGUCAUUUGCGUAAGAAAACCCCUUCGUCUUCGGCUGGCACGCCUUCCUCGGCCUCAGUGGCGCUCAGUUCACCCAGCACCAGCUCCUUGAACUCGGACGUGUUUUACGAGGCCUACGAACACUUCGAGAUGAGCUCGUUCCCUUCGAUUCCCGAGGCUGAAGGCCAAACGGGCGAAGGCCAUUGCUUCCAAGUCUUGGGCACCUUCAAUCCGACCUGGUGUGAUCUCUGCGGGGACCUCAUCUGGGGUCUGUAUGAUACCGGAGCCUCCAAAUGCAUCCAUUGUAGCUACACGUGCCAUGUCAAGUGUCAGAAGAAGAUCAAUCUCAACUGCGCCCGACUUCAACCCUCGGAAAUCCCGCGGUCGGCCGAGGCCGAGGCGGCUGAAAUGGACAGUAUGGCCGCCCAGCCCUCGGGUCAAGUGCCUGGCCUCACCCCACAAGGCGAUACCACGCCCAUGUCGGCCGGGUUUGACGAAGACGAGGAAACUUUAGCUAAUCUCUCGACCAUGAAAAGCGAGCUCAUGGAAGCCACGCCGUCCUCGAGCCUGGAUUUUGGUCCCGGCAGUCUCAACUCCAGUGGUCCGAGCUCGCGCCCGCCUUUGGCCGAAGCCGAUCAGGUGGAUGACGACGAUUUUAAAACCCUCCGUGACGUGGAUCAGAUCCAAUUCGAUCACGAUGAAGGCGAGGCGCUUUUGAAGGAUCUGAGCCAGAGACGCCGAAGUAGUUGUGACAGUAACACGAGCAUGGAUCUAGUCAGUGUGAACUAUGAAUUUGAUUUAGAAGAGCUGUUUGGGCCCAACUUGGGCGUGAUUCUCGGCGAAUAUAAUGCCAUCAGUCCGUCAGGCCAAGAGACGGUCUACGACGAGUGUGACAAGACCUGCCAAGGGUUUAUCCGCGUGCAACUCAAUCUCCAGCGGCCGAUCAACGUCAUCUCCGGCACUCGACCACCGUCCGUGUACAAUAUCAUGAAGGACGACACGCUGGAUGAUCGUACCCUGACCUCCUUCUACUUGCCUCCUGACACCAUGAAGGCGCUGCACGUGAACAACGAGACCACCACCCGGGAUGUGAUUCGCGCCAUCCUGGCCAAAUUCCGUGUGGCUGAUAACCCCUACAAGUAUGCCCUGUAUGAAAAGACCGUGAAAGGCGCUAGUCAAGAAAGAAGUGAUAAAUCCACUUUGGGCCGGGUUCGCAUGCGAAAAAUGAGGGAUUGUGAAAGACCCCUGGUCUUGGCCCUUCAGUGGUGCAAGGAUAAGCGAUCGGAAGAAAAGUGCUUUGUUCUCCAAGAGAAUGACCCUGGAGAGAUCAUUUGGGAAUCGUUUUCCGUCCCUGAACUCAAGAAUUUCCUUAUCAUUUUGGAUCGUGAAGAGGCGUGGUAUAAGAAACGCAUUCACGACAAAUUCGAAUUCAUUCGGAGUCAAAUGCAGGAUCUGGCCGACGCCAAGCGGGCCGACCAAUCUUGAUCUGAAAAGCCGCUGCCAUCAUGAUUAUCAUCAUCAUUCUCGUCAACUACAAGUGAAACAGGCUGUGUCUAUAACCGAGUCCUUAGUUGCCAUUGAAUCCCUUUUUGUUGCUUGGAGAUGCUCAUCUCGCCCUACUCAUCAUUCCCCCCCCCCAUCUCCCAAUCACAUUGUGACCAGAACCCCUCCAUAAUAUGUCCAUCGGCAGAUCUGUCAAUUAAUUAGCCCAUGAGUAUGAAUUUUUGCGUUUUCCCCCUCCCUCCCUCCCCUCAAAAGACAAGAUCUAUGAAGAUGAUGCCAAAAUGUGGCCACGUUUGCAACCCAAAAUGCACGUUUAUGAGAAUAUAUUCAUUCUGAUUCCAA